AUGAAUCGUACUAUUAUUGAUCAAUUAUUUAAUCAACAAGUUAAUUGUAAUCAUUUUCAAAAAGUAGCUAUCGAACUAGACGAACAAUUUCUCACUUACAGCGAAUUUAUUUUCUAUGCACAACGAAUUGCUACGUAUUUAUUAGAAAAUUUUAAUCUUACACCAGGAGAUAUUAUUUGUCAAUGUAUAGAAAACAAUCUAUCAAUGAUGAUUGGAGUUAUGUCGAUUGAAAUGAUUGGCGGUGUUUGUUGUUCUCUUUCGUCUCAAGAUUCUAAUCAACAAUUAUAUAAAUUGAUCAAACAAACUCAAAGUCAUCUAGUACUUGUUCAUUGGCUAACGCAAAACAAGAUUAAAGAUGAUAUUACUACAUUAAAUAUCGAUUCAAUGAUCAACACUGAACUUUAUCGAUCGUUUGAUAUUCAUAUGUCAUCAAACGAAAAAAUACAUGAAUGUCUAUUACAAAAGAACAACAAUUUAUAUCAAAAUAUGAUCACCAAACUUUACAUACCAAAUAUUCCGGAUGAUUCCAUUAUUCUUUUCGAUGAACAUGAUAAUAUUAUUUUUACUAGUCAAUAUACAUGUCGUGAAAUAAUACAUCGAAUCAAAAAUUGGGAUAAAUUAAAAGAACUUUUUGUUGAUGAUAUACAUACUGAUACUAUUCGUAAUGAUAUUUCUCGAUAUAUAAUAGAUACUGUAAAACAAUUAAAACCAAAUUAUAUAACUAAAUUUAUUCUAAAACUUUGUAUGUAUCGUAAAUCGUAUAUUGAUGAUUUAUUACAACAAUUAAUGAAUUUAUUUCCUGAUCAAUUAAUUAUUCAAAAUGACUCGGGUAGUAAAGAUCCAGAAUCGGAUUAUGAUAUUCGUAUAGGUUCAACAGAUGGUAGCGAUGCUGAUAUAGAUGCAUGUGUUAUAUUUAAUGAAUUUUUUUCUAUACAUUGGUGUUUACCAUCUGGUAUUGUAUUUGAUACAAAUUUAUAUCCUAGACAUUUAAAUACAAUUGAACCUAUAUUUAAUGUACAAGGAACUGGUUUGGGUAUAUAUUUACAUAUACGUUGUGAUUAUCCAUAUUAUUUCUUUACGGAAAUUAAUGAUUAUAAACAGAAUAAAAUGUCAGUAAUUAAAUUACGAAAAUGUAUGACUGGAAAAGAAUGGCAACAUUAUAUUACUACAAUAACAAAAAAUGAUUCUGAUCCAUCGUUAAAAAAGUUUUUUUAUAAAGCUGAAUUAACCUAUUGGAAAUAUACGAAACAAUUACUUACACAUAUAUCAAAACCAAAUGAAUUAAUUAGUUGUGCAUUAAAUGAAAUUACAAAUAUUAUAUCUACAAUAAAAACAUCUCACUAUGAUACAACUAAAUUUGAAAAUAUAUGGAAUAAAAUUGAUUAUGAAAUGAAACAUAUUUUAAUGGAACAUAGUAAUAUGUUAUUUAUUUCAUAUCUUCGUCAAGCUCGUAAUCUUGAAAGAGAAAUUCGAAAAAGAAAAGAUAGAUAUGAAGAUUCGUUUUUACAUCCUAUACUUCGAAUACCUCCAAGUGAAAUGUUAUAUAUUGAUACACUUAUUAUCUCUAUGCGACAUAAAUUUUCCAAAGCUGUUUAUUUUGCUAAUGAUGCAUGUGUUGCAGAAGGUUCAUUGUAUUAUGUAAGUAUAGAACAAUAUAGUAAUCAUGCUGAUGUAUCAUAUGUUCGAAAUAAAAUCUUACGAACAAAUCGUCUAACAAACAAUCAUUUAUAUCAAUCAAUUAAUGAACAAUAUAGUAAUUUUUUAAAAGAAAUAAAAAAUUAUUCAAAAAAACAAGUUCAUCAUGGUCGAACUAUUUAUCGAAGUAGUAAAUAUUUAUAUCGUUUAUUAAAUACGAUUACAGAUUUAGGAACAAAUAAAUGGAAUAGAAUGGGAUUUGAUGGUAAUCAUCAUAUAAGUAAAUUGGGAUUAAUUGUAGAAGAAUUAUUAUUAUCUAUUCGAAAAUAUAAAUAUCCAUUUGAUGAAUUCAAUUCAAAUUAUCGUUCUCAAAUAAGUGAAUAUUUUGCAUUAGGUAUAUUUCCAACAGAGUCACAAUUGAAAACUUUUUGGAAAUAUCGUAGAUUAACAUUAGAUGAAUCAUCGGAAUUAUUUAAAUAUAAAAAUUAUCCAUGGCAAAUUAUGCAAGUAUUACAUCAUCAAUCGGAAAUCGAAGAUUUAGUAAUUCAUGAUUUAAAAACAUUAGCUAUUCAUAUACGUAAUUAUAUAAAUAAUACUGAUAUUUUUUCUAACAUUGAUAUUAAUAAUAAUGAACAAUUUGAUGCUAUAUUAUAUAUUAUACAACAAAAUUCUUUGAUAAUCAAACAAUAUACAACAACGAUACUUAAUCUUGUCAUUGAUUGUAAUCAUAAAAUUUAUCAUAGUUAUAUUCGUGGUAUGUUCGAUUAUGUUCCUGAUAUAAUACGAUAUCUAUUUGAUUGGAAAAUAACACGAUUUAAUAUUGUAAUAAAAUAUACACGUCAUAAAGAAUAUUCUCGUAUUAAAAAAUCUAAAGUAUAUGAUUAUAUAACAUGGAAUAAUUAUAUCAUUGGUAUUAUAUUUGGUAUAAGAUUAGCAUGUAUUCAAAUGUUUAUCAUUGCUCCUAUUAUGUUCUUAAUAGAACCUAUACAAAAAUCUGUAUGGAUAUUAAAAACUCUAUGUAAAAUCGAACAACCUUAUGAUCGUAUAUUAUUACAUACUCGUGCAGCAUAUAGAACAUUAAAUACAGGAAAUAUUACAGUUGUACAUGAUUCUAGAAUAAUCGAUACAGGUAUUACAAUUCGUGAUGCUUAUGGUACUAAUACGCAAAUAAGUUAUAUUAUUGGUAUUCUACGUUUAUUGACUACUAUCAUAGUCAAAGGUAUUGUUUGGUUUAGUUGGAUGAUAGUCAUUACUGAUCUUAUUAGUGUAAUUAAUGUAACAAUAUCAUGGAAAUAUAUAUAUAUUAUACAAAAUUUAUAUGUAGCAUGUUUAGUAUGUGUUUCUGUUAUUGUUUUUGUGCUAAAUACAUGGACUACUAUACGACGUUAUUUUUUAUUGUAUGAUUCAAGAAAUGCACAAUAUUUAGCUACUGUUAGAGAAAAUCAAGGAACACGAGCAUAUUAUCUAUCGAUAUUAUCUUAUAUUAUAUUUGGUAUUAUAUUUAAUAUUAUUUUUAAUUUAUUAGAUCUUGAAAAUGAACAAUGGAUUAAUAUAACACCAUUUGCACAAAUUUUUAAUAAUCCAGUAUCACAUUUAAGUGCAACAGAACUAACAAUACUUAUCAUUUUACAAGGAAUAGCUAUUGCUUUAAUUGAUGUUAUUAAUAGAAAUGCACGUGGUAACGAACGUCUUCCUGAUUAUGAAUUAUCAGAUCGAAAUAGAAUUGGUAGAAAAGAAUGGUUAAAUUUUCCAGUUGGAACAAUUUGUUCAUUAUUGAAAUUAAGAAAAAAUAUGAAAAAAAGAGACUAA